CCCAUUAACCGUCGGGCAGGGACAGACCGAGCUCGAAACCCUCUUCCGCCGCCCUGCCUAAGCCCCACCGCCGAAAUGCUCCUUCGCUCGCUCCUCCGCCGCGGCGCCGCCGCGGUUUCGGCCGGCGGCGUCCGCGCUCCCGCCGCGCGCUCUGAACCGCCCGCUUCCCUAGCUUCCCUCCUCCUGGCCUCCCGCUCCUACGCGAAGGCCAAGGGUGGUGGGGGCAAGCCGGCGGCGUCCACUAGUAACCGUGGCAAGGUCCGUGUCAAGGAUCCCAAAGGCGUGGCGUCUGAGGACGCCUCCGCUUCAGGGGAAUCCGCCGCAUCCGCUGGCGGGGCAGACGAGAUCGACGCCGAGUUCGAGAUGCCCACCGACCCGCUGCCCCCGACCUACGACCCGGCGCUCGACGUCGGGCCUGGCGGUCGGCCGCUCUUCGCCUUCACCGACACCUUUGCGUCCUUCUCCCACCGCGGCGCCAAUGCCUACGUCGAUUUCACUUUGGAUGAAUGGAAAGCCAUGUUACCAGAAGGAUUGCCAGCAGGGAUGCUGAAGGAGUUUCAAGACACGAGGCGGUGCGCGGUGAUGGUGAGGGAAAGCUUUCUAGACCUGCGGGAUAACUUCCGGAGAAUUGUUGAUCCGGCUAUUACAGCCAAAUGCAAAGAUACCAAAAGACAAAUUAUCUUGGAUGGCCCUCGGAGUUGUGGUAAAAGCAUUGCACUUGCGAUGCUUGUGCAUUGGGCCCGUACUGAGGGAUGGCUGGUGUUCUAUGUUCCCCAAGGGAAGGAUUGGACUCAUGGAGGAUUUUUCUAUAGAAAUACCUACAGUGAUCUUUUUGAUACUCCUGUACAGGCUGGAAAGGUUUUGCAGGAUUUUUUGAAAUACAACGAAACCCGCUUACAGCAGUUACCAUGUCAAAUUCUUGAGCCUAUUCCCCUGGGAGAAGGUACUGGUGUUGGAAUGAUGAAAGGGGCUGACACAGUGGAAAUGCCAGAAGGGUCCACAUUGUAUGAUCUCAUUCAAACUGGGAUAACCCACUCGCAUGCUGCAGUUGGUGUUGUAGUUCGUUUAAGAAAGGAGCUAUCACUUGUUAAAGAUGUGCCUGUACUGUUUGCCAUUGAUCAGUAUAACAGUUGGUUUACUUUCACCGAGUACCAGGAGCCUGUAACUGUUAGAUCCUGUCGAUCAAUCCACGCGAAAGAGCUUACAACGGUCAAUGCUUAUAGGUCAAUGCUUCACAAUGAUAUGAUGGUAGGAGCCUUCUCACAUUCAACCGCAGUUGGCAAACUAAGACAGGAGCUCCCGGAUGUUCCCUCUGACGCUCGUCUGAUUUUUCCACGGUACACCGUAGAUGAAGCAGAGACUGUGUGCCACUAUUAUAUGAGACAAAAGAUUAUUCGACAUGAAAGUUUUUCAGAAGAGAAGUGGAAAAAGAUAUACUAUUUGUCAAAUGGAAAUGGCUCAGAGAUGAGGUGGCUUGCUGCGUUUAUAUGAGGCAGUGAAUACUCGAAGUUAAUUAAUAAUCGUAAUAUUCUGUCCUGAGAACAAUCUGCAGUCUUGUAGCUUCAGGUGUUGUCUGGAUGUUUGCACAAGAUUUGUGCUUUGAUUUGAAAUCCCCGGUUAUCAGUAAUUUUGUGUUCGCUUUUGCAUCUUCGUAUGCAGUUUCUGAAGCCAGGAGUGAUAUAGUAUAAGAAAGCUGCCACUUUGCUUCCAGCAUGCCACUUCCCCACUGUUGUAUACUUGUACUAUGUCUUAUCAAACUCCUGGGAGCAAAUUGCUACCUAGUCAAAUAUCUGAGAUUUUCUCCCCGCAUUAGAAGUGUGAACAUAAUUUUGGCUGUGGCUCCAAAUUUUAUCAAUGUGUUCUGACAACACAUUCUUUA